GUGAUUAUCCAUAUACGGCAGGAGCGUUCUUAAAGGGAGCUCGCUUUAUAAAUUCAGAUUAUUAAGAGAGUUAACGCGAUCAAUCUGCUGGACUAUUAAUAUUUUCCGAAAUGGGAAUAGCCGAUGAGGCUGACCGGACUUUAUUUGUCGGGAACUUGGACCCACAAGUAACAGAAGAACUUAUAUUCGAGCUGUUUGUACAGGCUGGGCCACUAACCAAAGUCAAAAUCCCUAAAGACAAUGAUGGAAAAUCAAAACAGUUUGCAUUUGUAAACUUCAAGCACGAGAUCUCUGUGCCUUAUGCUUUACAUUUGCUGAACGGUAUUCGUCUGUUUGGAAGGCAACUAAACAUACAGUUUAGAUCCGGUAGCAGUCAUAUCAAUCAGGAGGGCAAAAGUCCAGCAAACUCUCAAAACCCCAGUCCAGCAAAUACACCUGGUCACCGUGGUGGAAGAACCCCAGAGCAGACGGGCUCUCCAUCCUACUCCCCUCCACAACGUCUGCAAAAGUCGUUUUCGUCACCUGAUAGCUUACAGAGACAUGCAAUGGUUAACAGUAUGUGGCAACUUCAGAUGCAGCAGUUGCAACACCUAAAUGGGGCCUUCCAGAUGGGUGGUCAGCAAUUUAGGGGUGUUGGAGGAGUAGACAGUAACCCCCAGCAACAGGAUUGGGCGGGUCAGCGUGGUCAUCGUCACUCACAUCAGGAAAAUAGCAGCCAUCAUGGCCGAGAUCAACGGCACGGUAGCGCCGGGAGCAACCACGAUCGCCAUCGUCGUGAUGGUCAGCGGGGUGAAAACUAUCACCACGAUGAUCGUAGUGGAGGCCGCAACAGAAACCACACCCCUGAAAGAUGGAGAGACUCAAGAGACGGGUCUAGAGGAGGGCGAUGGAAUCGGUUUUAAAAAAUUAACUUAUGUAUUUUAGUUUUCCUGUAGACUUUUUUAAAAAUCAAUUGUUUUAAUGAACCCAAUUCUCUCCCUAGAUUUUUAAAAAUAUAUAUUUCUGUUUACUUAACAUCAGGCUUCAGUUAUACAAAAAAAGUUCCUGACAACUAUAAGGAAAAGAAUCACUGUGCAGAUCAGAAAUGCAAGAAAAAAUAUAGAACAAGUAAUUAACUUGCCAUUUUGUACACUGGCCAUUUAAAAAUCAAUAUAAUCUCAGGGAGAAACCUUUGUUUAUGUAUUUUUAUAAUUUCCUUUUUAGGAAAUUUCUGUAUUUUCAAUGCCACAAUAGCUUCACAAUUUAAUACGCUACAAAUUUGUCUUGAAAUAAUCUAAAAGAUUUCCAGUUGGUCAUUUCUUACAAUUUCUCUUUGACAAAUAGUAAACUAGUUUGUUAUAACAAGUGCUUUGUCUUGAUGUACAAGUUUUUUUAAAAACUUUUUUACUUUAAACAUUCCUCUUUUGUGGGCACUUUUCAAAUUUGCUCUCUCCUCAAGACUGCCAUGGAACAAUAACUAGUUUUUAUUAAAAACGUUUUUUGUCAUGUAUAACUGCACCAACUGUUCAUUUUCAUAAAAGUUACAGUUUACAAA